CCGCCCCUCUGAGUGAGUGUAGUUGACCAAAAACUUGCAUGAUACGACCCGACUGUGUGUGAGUUUUGAGUGCUUAUCUACCACAGUUGAACAUAAUCCAACAUCUUCUAAGGCUGACAUUUUAAGAGGUAUGGAUGUGUCUGAGACAGAUGUGCUUGUUAAAAGGAAAGUGGACUUAAACCGCGGACAUAGUGUGGCUCUGUUUGAUGCGCUUAGAGCCUUCCCGCUAUUUUGUGGCUAACUAACUAGCUAGCUAACGUUAGCUGUUGUUGAUUACUUAGCUUCGUGGGAAGAGGCCGCCUGCCGUCAAGCUAGCUAGUCAUUUAAACACACUCACGGAGCACCAGAAAACUUCCGUUAACGCUAAACUAACACUGCUAACACCGCGGCUCGUGUGGCUUUCUCACAAUCUGGAAAACACCGUCAGGUUUGAGGAUAAACUCCGUUAACGUGUUAGCAGUUCUGUGUUAGCUGGUUGCUAACAGCAGUAAAGUGGACAGACCAGCCUCAAACACAGAUUUGGCUCUCUGCAUAAAACAGAAUGUCUAAAGGUGAACCAGAAGAGAUGAUAGAGAUCGAGAUCGAUGAACAGGAGAAGCAGGCAUGUCUGGAGGAAGGUGUUGAGGAGCAGACCAUCACUGCAUCAGACUUGAUUCAACAAGAUAUCGACAUCAAUGAGCCCGUUGGCAAUUUAAAGAAGCUUUUGGAGCCCCGGAUCCAAAUAUCACUGGAUGCAUAUGAGAUCUGCUUACAGGACAUUCAGCUUCACCCCGACCACAGCCUCUUCGACCAGGGAGUAAAGACGGAUGGCACAGUGCAGCUCAGCCUGCAGAUAAUAACCAAGCCUGGUGAGGAGAAGUUGAACAUUUUGGAGAUUGUGAAGCCGGUGGAAACGGUCGAGGUGGUGAUUGAUCCAGAUGCAGCGGGAGAGGAGGGCACUCUGAUGGAGGAGGGUCAUCUCAUUGCCGUGGAUCGGUCUGGCCUGUCUGACGAGACGUCGGAGCAGGUUACACGCUGGGCCGCAGCACUUGAAGGCUACCGCAAAGAGCAGGUUCGCCUGGGCAUACCAUAUGAUCCUGUGCUCUGGUCAGCUGACCAGGUGAUCCACUGGGCUGUGUGGGUAAUGAAAGAGUUUAACAUCGACGAGAUGGAAAUAGGCAGCAUUCACAUCCCGGGUCGUGAUCUGUGCUUAUUCAGCCAGGAAGAGUUCCUUCAGAAAGUGCCCAACGGAGAGAUUCUCUGGAGUCACCUGGAACUCCUGCGCAAAUAUGUGUUGGCGAGCCAGGACCAGUCUGGAGGGGACGCUACUGUCACCAUUGAUCAACCUGUGCAGAUAAUCCCAGCUCAGGUGAGCACACCCACUACCAUUAAGGUGCUGAAGCAGAGCCGUGGCCCCAGAACUCCCCGGAUCUCUGGAGGAGAGGAGCGCAGCUCACCUGGUAACCGCACAGGCAACAACGGCCAGAUCCAGCUUUGGCAGUUCCUGCUGGAGCUGCUGACAGACAAGGAUGCGAGAGACUGCAUCUCUUGGGUGGGCGAGGAGGGCGAGUUCAAACUCAACCAGCCGGAGCUUGUGGCGCAGAAAUGGGGCCAGCGCAAGAACAAGCCUACUAUGAACUAUGAGAAACUCAGCAGAGCCCUCAGGUAUUACUACGACGGGGACAUGAUCAGCAAGGUGCAGGGCAAGCGCUUCGUCUACAAGUUUGUGUGCGACCUGAGAACUCUGAUCGGCUACAGCGCUGCCGAGCUCAACAACCUGGUGACCGACUGCGAGCAGAAGAAACUGGCUCGCAUGCAGAUGCACGGCAUCGGACAUCCCAUCACGACGGUGACGCUGGCCACCACCACGCUAGACAAAGACAGUUAAGAGGAGGCCGCGUUAAAGCGCCCUCCAGCUGCCAAAGUGUGCUCUCCACCGCUGACUGGAAAUUAAAUCAACUUUCUUCUUCUUCUUCUGACACAACUGUGUCCAGCAGGCACAGAAACACAAGGCUGAUCCCUGAUCAGCGUGGACUAUCAACUUUAUCAUUGUCUUUACUGUUCAAAGUUUGACUGAGGCGGGUAAAAGGGUGUUUUCUUUGUAUCUUUUCCUUAACUCUAACCAAGAGAAGUGUGUUCAGAAUGAGGUGGCCGAAUGUGAGAAAUGUUGUGUGCAUCUGACUGAAUGCUGGAAUGCAUGACUGAGUUAUGCGCUUUGUGUAAUGCGUUCAUUGUCUCUAGUUUAGGAUCAUUUCCACUGUAUAUACCGGUAUUUCAUGUUUUUGAUAGUCACCAGGACAAGUGUAUUUUCAUACUUUCCAUUAAUAGACCUGUUUUGUAUUUUAUUUAGUGUUUGUUCCCUGAAUUGUUGGACCCUUUUUUGUCCACUAGAGGGAAUAAAGUGGCAAGCAUUUUUUUCUAAA